AUGUGUGAAUGCGAAACUCCAGGUGGUAGAAUUACCUUCAAUGGUGAAAUCCAACUUAUCAAGAGACAAAUCGACAGUAUCUGGAAGAUAAAUACCCUCGAAGGUCUUAGUCCAAAGGGAGAAACAAGAGUUGUCAUUAAGAAUCCAAAGGCUCACAAGAUAUUGGUUCACCUCACUCUCCAAGGAAACUGCCAAAACCAAGUAGUAAUGAAAUCCUACUUCAACGAUGUUCAAUCCUUUACCAAUACCUCAUUCCAUAACCAUGAAUUUGUUCCAUUCUCCUUGACACUCAACGAAGUUACUGACGAGACCAAUAUUGUUAUCGAUUUCAAAGCAACCAAUGGAUGGAACAAUGGAUCGUUUGCUAAUGGUAUUCUCACUGGUUUUAUUAGAGAACUUUAA